AGAAUUGGGCGAGUCCGGGUAAAGCAGAGCAGCCGUGUAUGUGUCGUAUAUCAUGCAAAAUGAGGAACCAGCGUUGCAUGAAGAAGUUGUUUAUCCUGAUCUCUGAAUAUAUUUUAAAACAGAACUUCCUUCAAAAAUACUUUUUAGUUGUGUAGUCCUUUCAAUAGUUUAAUGUUCAGACUGAAUACGGUUGCUUAUACCAUCUCAAGGAACAGAGGAAGAGGGCAUUGAUCGAGCAGCCAGCCAGCAGACAGACAGACAUCUUGAGGAGAGCGGAAGGGGACCUGCAGCCCGACAGCGGACAGACAGACAUCUUGAGGAGAGCAGAAGGGGACCUGCAGCCCAACAGCAGACAGACAGACAUCUUGAGGAGAGCAGAAGGGAACCUGCAGCCAGCCAGACAGAGAUCUUGAGGAGAGCGGAAGGGGACCUGCAGCCAGCCAGACAGACAUCUUGAGGAGAGCGGAAGGGGACCUGCAGCCCGACAGCGGACAGACAGACAUCUUGAGGAGAGCAGAAGGGGACCUGCAGCCCAACAGCAGACAGACAAACAUCUUGAGGAGAACAGAAGGGGACCUGCAGCCAGACAGCAGACAGACAGACAUCUUGAGGAGAGCAGAAGGGGACCUGCAGCCAGCCAGACAGAGAUCUUGAGGAGAGCGGAAGGGGACCUGCAGCCAGCCAGACAGACAUCUUGAGGAGAGCAGAAGGGGACCUGCAGCCAGACAGACAUCUUGAGGAGAGCAGAAGGGGACCUGCAGCCAGGCAGCAGACAGACAGACAUCUUGAGGAGAGCAGAAGGGGACCUGCAGCCAGACAGACAGCAGAAAGACAUCUUGAGGAGAGCAGAAGGGGACCUGCAGCCAGCCAGACAGACAUCUUGAGGAGAGCAGAAGGGGACCUGCAGCCAGACAGACAUACAUCUUGAGGAGAGCAGAAGGGGACCUGCAGCCAGACAGACAGCAGAAAGACAUCUUGAGGAGAGCAGAAGGGGACCUGCAGCCAGCCAGACAGACAUCUUGAGGAGAGCAGAAGGGGACCUGCAGCCAGACAGACAUACAUCUUGAGGAGAGCAGAAGGGGACCUGCAGCCAGACAGACAUACAUCUUGAGGAGAGCAGAAGGGGACCUGCAGCCAGCCAGACAGACAUCUUGAGGAGAGCAGAAGGGGACCUGCAGCCAGACAGACAUACAUCUUGAGGAGAGCAGAAGGGGACCUGCAGCCAGACAGACAGACAUCUUGAGGAGAGCAGAAGGGGGACCUGCAGCCAGCCAGACAGACAUCUUGAGGAGAGCAGAAGGGGGACCUGCAGCCCGACAGACAGACAUCUUGAGGAGAGCAGAAGGGGACCUGCAGCCAGACAGACAGACAUCUUGAGGAGAGCGGAAGGGGACCAGCAGACAGACAGACAUCUUGAGGAGAGCAGAAGGGGACCAGCAGUCCUGUGUGGUGGAGAUCAGGUCCCAAGACUAGCAGCCCAGUAGACUUUCACCGUAAUUUAACCAGGAAAGACCCUUGAGGUUCUAAACUUUGUUGCAGAGAGCUAGUCAUGGGGAAACAGAACAGCAAACUGCGUCCCGAAGUGCUGAACGACCUGCGCGAGAACACAGAGUUUUCUGACCACGAGCUUCAGGAAUGGUACAGAGGCUUCCUCAAAGACUGCCCCACGGGCCACCUGACCGUCGAAGAGUUCAAGAAGAUCUACGCCAACUUCUUCCCGUAUGGCGACGCUUCCAAGUUCGCCGAGCACGUCUUCCGGACAUUCGACACCAACGGCGACGCCACCAUUGACUUCCGGGAGUUCAUCAUCGCGCUGAGCGUUACGUCGCGCGGCGGCCUGGAGCAGAAGCUGCGCUGGGCCUUCAGUAUGUAUGACCUGGACGGGAACGGUUACAUCAGCCGGGCUGAGAUGCUGGAGAUUGUACAGGCGAUCUACAAGAUGGUGUCCUCAGUGAUGAAGAUGCCUGAAGAUGAGUCGACGCCAGAGAAACGGACAGAUAAAAUCUUCAGACAGAUGGACGUAGACAAAGACGGCAAACUCUCUCUGGAGGAGUUCAUCAAAGGUGCCAAGAGUGACCCUUCCAUCGUCCGGCUCCUGCAAUCUGACCAGGGGACCUCUCGCCAGUUCUGAAGACAUAAACACACACACAGUUCUGAAGACAGGAAAGUGGAGAUCACUGUAUCAUCCCCCAUCCAACACACACACACACGAGAAAGAGGUGGAAGAGGCACAGUUGUCAUUACAACACCCAUAUCAGGCAGCCAUUUUAUAUUCUCUCAUUCCAUGUCUUGUUGUUUACAUCAUCAGUAGUUCCCUAGCCUGAUCCCAGAUCUGUUUGUUCUCUCUAUUGCAUGGAGUUGGCUCGACAGAACAAACAGAUCUGGGACCAGGAUAGCAGUUUCCCAAUAUCCCAAUGCAGCGGUUUCAUGCAUUCUACAGCGAUAUGUUUUGCAUCAUGAAACAAAUUUUACACCCACAUUACCACUGAAUAGACUUAUGACAUUUCCUUGCAAAUGUUUUACUUAAUGUUUUAUUUUUGCUUGCCGUACUUUAGUCAACGUGAAGUGCCAUAUCUAAAUAUUUGUACUGAAUGUAUUAUUACACUAAGUAUUAUAUGACUUUUUCCCCUGAUGUGUCACGGUAAGAAGAAAUCAACCAAAACCAAUAUUUUGUACGUCAACCUGGAGCGGCAGGUAGCCUAACAAUUAAGAGCGUUGGGACAGUAACUGAAGGGUUGCUGGUUUGAAUCACCGAGCUGACUAGGUAACAAACAAAAAAAAAUAAUCUACCGAUGUACCCUUGAGCAAGACACUUAUCCCUAAUUAUCUGCUAAAUUACUAACACGUAAAACCAUGGGUCGUCUCAUUGCAACCUUUGCUCUAAAUGUAAUAUUAGUUAGGCACAUUAAAAAAUGUUUUUCACUAUAUAUUGUUUCUGCAGCACAGGAAUUUUGAAAAUUAAUGUUUUAAUGCCCAGCUGUACAGAAAGUUCCAGUGAUGUUGUAUUAAAACCAGUAUCUUGGAA